UUUGAAAAAUAGCCUAUAGCCUAAAAUAAACAGCUACAGUAGAGUACUUUAUAGAUUGCCGGAAACAAAUGUUAUUGGUAUCAUGAUGUCAUUAGAACGCGCCAUUUGCACUCAGCGGAAUUUGUUUUGAUGGAGCUGGAGAGCACAUACGGGAAAUUUGUAAACAACAAGGAAUUUGGCCACAGAUGAGAGACAGUAGCUUAACAAUAAGGUAAGCGAUGGACGACAUCAACCUCCAUUACCGUUUUCUGAACUGGAGACGGAGGAUCCGGGAGAUUCGCGAGGUAGGGGCUGUGCGGUACCGUGAGCGGUUCAAGAGGAUGCUGAGAGACGGAGACGUGCUAAGUUACCAAGGGAACUCGGAUGAGGUUGGCUGCUACGUGGCUCCAAGGCCGUUAUCCAAAGGAAACUGCUACUUUGAGGUGACCAUCGUUGACACAGGGGUGAGGGGGAUGAUUGCUGUUGGCCUGGUGCCUCAAUACUACAAGCUGGACCAUCAGCCUGGCUGGCUCCCGCACUCAGUGGCCUACCACGCUGAUGAUGGCAAGCUGUACAAUGGGAACACUGUUGGACAGCAAUUUGGGCCCAAAUGUAACCGUGGCGAUCGUAUCGGCUGUGGGAUCUACCUAGAGUCGUUGGAGGAUGGACGAACAACAGUCCUCUUCACCAAGAACGGAAAAGAAGUGGGCACGGUCGUGGUCCCAGGGUCUCCAGAGGCACUCUACCCGGCCGUGGGGAUGCACUCCUUAGGGGAGGAGGUGCAGCUGGAUCUGCAGGCUGAGUGGGGGAUGGAGGAGGACGGACUAAUGAUGGUUGACAGCCACGAGGACGAGUGGGGGCGUCUCCAUGACGUCAGGGUCACCGGGACGUUGCUGGAGUACGUGGGUAAAGGGAAGAGCAUUGUGGAUGUGGGUUUGGCCCAAUCCCGUCUACCCCUCAACACACGCUGCCACUACUACGAACUGGAGAUCACCGACGCAGGAGAGAAGUGCUACAUCGCCCUGGGACUGGCACGCAGGAAUUAUCCCAAAAACAGACACCCUGGCUGGAGCAGGGGUUCCAUAGCCUAUCAUGCAGAUGAUGGGAAGCUUUUCCAGGGUAGUGGGGUGGGAGACGCCUUUGGCCCUCGCUGUUUUGAGGGGGACGUCAUGGGCUGUGGCAUCAUGUUCCCGCGGGACUACAUCCUGGACACUGGAGACGACAGUGACGACGGGGACUUGGAGGUCUGGCCCAAGCAGCGGCGUGUCCAGAACGAACUCUACAUGAACGAUGAAGACGAGGAGGAGGAUGGGGAAGAGCAGGACGGGAGUAAAGUCAUGGUGUUCUUCACUAGGAAUGGGAAGGUGGUGGGCCGUAGGGAGGUGGCAGUGCCAGCAGGAGGGUUCUACCCUACCAUCGGCAUGAUGAGCACCGGGGAGAAAAUCAGGGUUGACCUGCACCCCCUCAGCGGCUGAGAGAGGGUAGCGACAUGAUCAUGAAAGACCAAUCCCAAGUCUGCUGUAGGGGAGUGUUUGGAGUUAUCACUCCAGUACAGUAUCCCUUCGCUUCACAUCACUCCUGGAUCCAGCAUGUUGCCUGGGAUGUCCUACCUCGGUUUAGUUUACUCUGGUUGACUCCUAACAUAAAAUGAAACUCAUGCUACUAUAUGGUAGGAAGAUGGAUAAUAUAAUACUGCAUGGGUGCCUCAGAAAGUGCUUACUGUUAUCAUGGCAAUAGAAAAUGGUUCGAAGGGAGAUCAUUGGACCAAUCCCAGGUCUUUAAGCAGCAAUCAGUCAAAUCUUAUUAUCUUAACUCUAUUUUGAGAUUAUUAGGGGAAGUCAUUCAAAAUGCUGUAACAUAAAACCCGCAGCCAAGAAGUGCAACUCUCAGGUAUGCCAAAAUCCAAAUGACUGUAACGACUAUGACGCUGUGUUAUGUUUAUUUUUUCUAAGACUCGUGAUGCCAUAUCCUUUUAUCAAAAGCACUUUAUUCUAGAUAUAGUGGAUUAUGAUGCACUACUUUUUGUUUAGCAUUUCUCUGUUCUUUCUCUUUUGGGUUAUUUUGUUGACUAAUGACAGGUUUAAAUGAAAUACUUGAUCAACAACAUUUUGUAUUUGUUUUGAUUCAUCAUCUGUAAUAACAGAACUGUACUCAAGAAAGCAAUAUGCUAAAUGAUUGCAUUUUAUGAUUUCAAAAGGGAAGACCAUUGCACUGUCCUCACAACUGUUCCUUCGAGUACCAUUUCAUUUCAUAUUAAUCACCAAUUAGGUUCAUUUAAUCUUACAGAUCAUAGAUAUGAAUGCGUCACCUAUAAAUUGUGCAAUUGAAUGCAAUGUUUAAAUACCUAACUAAAGAUGAGGAUCUAUUUCUAUACAACGGC